GUGUUGUAUGUUCACAUUUGCUUGCGUGGCAGUUCCUUCCAGUGUUUUCUUCAUCGUUGUUAGAAUCUCUCACAAUCUGAACUGACAAUCAGAGAAUGUGAUGGAUUGAAGCAAAUAACAUGGGAGGGAAUAAUGAUGGUGAUCAAAGCUCCAUGUUCCCAAAGUUAGAGAAGCUGGAAAUCGAGUCCUGCAAGAACUUGGAAUUUUUGUUUCCAUCUACAAUAUCAUCUGGACCAAUUAACUAUAUUGAUGGGAACUAUGAUAAUGAGGAUCAUUUACAAUAUCAGAAUCGAAAUGUUUUUUAUCUUCCUUCUUUGGAGGUCCUCUGCCUUCAAGAUGUACCAAAAUUCAUCAGCAUUUGUCCCAUGAAUUACAAACUGACGUCACCAUCUCAGCAUGCAAAUACAAUCAAGAAGUCCAAUGUAGCAGAUGACGGGCUUGCUCAAGCUCACAUUUUCCCAAGAUUAGAGAAGCUAGAAAUCGAUGGUUGCAAGGAGUUGAAGUUCUUAUUUCCAUCCUCAAUAUCUGCAGGGCUUAACAAUUUAAAGUCUUUGACUAUCAAGUAUGCUCCUAUGCUAAGACAUUUUCUUGGAGCAUACCAGCAUGAUUUGGCGGUUCAAAAUCUAUGCCUUACAGAUAUGCCAAAGUUUAUCUAUAAGACAAUAAAUCAAUACCUGGCACCUCUAUCUCUGCGAGAAGUUGUUUUGGCUGAUUGUGGAAUCAAAUCAUUCACAAUUUGAUCGUUUUCUCCGGUGAAGAUCAUCAACUGAAUGGGAAAAUUACAAAGGAAAUACAACCAUCCAGAGAUGGACUUCUUCCUCUUGAUAAUCACGUGGCUCAGAGCCUUUCGAUCCAAGCAUUGGUCAAUGUUAGGGAAAUAAAACCGUGAAAUGUUGGGAGUUAACAUCAUUGUCCACUCUAUCCAUUGCCUCAACGAUUUUGUGGGAAAAAUUGACAAUCCAAGAAUGUCAUAAACUCAAGUGCAUUGUAGAAGAUAAGCAAGGUGAUGAUGCUCACUUAUUUUGCCGCUCCAUCUUCCCAAAACUACAGCGACUAGAGAUAUCAAAAUGUGAAGAAUUUGUCAAGAUCGUUGAAGAGCAAAAUGAUGAAAGUGCUGGAGAUCAUUUGCGUCAUCAACCAUCCUUCCCAGAGUUACAAAAUCUAUCUAUUAUUGGCUGUCGUAGAAUGGAGUAUUUGUUCUCUAUCACAGUGUCUAGUAUCCUCCCAAAACUACAGAGAUUAGACAUAGAAGAAGCAUCUGCCCUCGAGCACGUACUGAUCAGAGAAGAUGAACCGAAAGAAAUGGCAAUGAAGGACGUGCUUCCUCAGCUAAUGUAUAUAAGACUCCAGAAACUUCCAAGACUAAAUAGCGUCUGCCAUGGGAUUGAUUUUCAAACAUUGGAAGAAUCUUCUCAAGUGGAUGAUUGUCCCAAUUUUUCUUUUCAUGAAACUACUGCUAAUCACCUUCAAGGAACACAGGAAAAGCUUACUUCACAUCUAAUAAAUACAAAUCCAUCAGACACGGGAAAAGCCAAAGGGACGCCACACUCGACAAGGGAAAUUGUUGAAGUGGAUGUUAUUUCCGAGAAUUCAAAAAUGCCAAGUUUAUCAUCUGAUUCAAAUGCAGGCAUAGAUCAAUUGGGUACUAAAGAUCAAGUAGGGUAUGCAGCUAUUCUAGAAGAUCCUAAUACAAAAAAGAUUGAAAAAAAUGAAUUCGAAGGUUCAGAAUUAGGAAAAACAACGCCAGCCACACCUGUUGUUACUAUUGAUGAGUUGGUUUGCAAAGAUGUGAAAAAGGAAGCAGAUACAAUGGAUCCUCAUUCAGUCUCUGGGGAAACUGAACCUGACAUGAAAUCAAAUGAAUCAAGAAAUAUUGUUGAAAAAAAAGCGGAAGAAGGUGCUUCAUUAGAGAACUUGAAGCCGAACUCAUUAAAUUCUAAAGAGGCACCUAUUCCUACUGGAGGUAGCACAAUGAGUACGACAUUAAAAUUUUUUGAAGAAGAACUAGAGGAAGAGGGAGGUGGCUUAAGAACAAGUAGAAGACACGUGAAUUCUUCAAUGGGAAAAGAGCAUGAGACUUCAAUUCAUGGUGACCCUUGUAUGCCUCCUGCACCAAUUGUUUCAAAUGAUCAAACUUCUAUGUCACUCUUGCCAUUGAGUCCUGUAUCAUCAAUAGCUCCAACAAGUCUCCAACGAACCCCUUCAUCAACUCCCUCAAAGUCUACUCUUGGGAUCCAAGACAGUGUUGAAACCAGUAACCAACUUCCGCAUGAAGCUAUGGACACUACUAUUCAAGUUUCUAGUGAACUUGUCGAACAUGAAGAGCCAGCCACGUUGCCUUCCUUUCGUAAGAGCAAUAAUGCUCAAGACUAACCCAAAUUUACAUCUUCCUAAUGAUCGAAGCACUCAAAUGUUGUGCGUCUCCUAGAGUGUUGUUGAAUAUCUUAAACAUUUUGGCAACUAAGACUCCCUUCACGAUAACUGAGGAUGACAAAAAAUCAUUGUUUGAAAAUUUAAAUGAUGCUUCCAUUCUCGGUUUUGACAAGGAUUGGCUUGAGUCAAUCAAGACCAAGGUUUUCGAUUGUUAUGCAUCUGAAGUUCAUCACAUCCAAGAAGUUCUAAAGAGCUUGGGAAAUAAGCUUGAGACCAAAGCGACAGAACUUGCAAUUGUUUGUGAUCAAGAAGGCUGCAAGGAAAGUAAAGGUGGCUCAGAAAGAGUUUGAGAUCAAUGUUCUGAAACAAUUGCCGCCAGGUUUAUGUAUUUUUAGCUUUUGAUACGUAUGGAUAUCACGUACACGUCGUAAUUUCUUCAAUUGUAUGCGCAUUAUUGUCUAUUUUGUUUUGAGAAUAAUAUUGUUAUAGACUCUAUAACCUAUGAAGGAAUUGUUGAACCUA